AUGGUCUUGGAUUGUUGCCCCGAGUUCUACGUUGGCGGCAAGGAGAACCUACUCUGGCAACCGCCGAACGACGAGCACCAACGGCGAUGUUGGUUGGCCCCAAAGGCCGAUGUGGCAGCUGCAGACCCGGUCGCAAAGAAGACGUCCAAGGCAGUACCAGCUGGAUUGGCCACGACCGUGGCGCCAGCAGCCUUGAGCUCGCGUAAUGUUCUGACAUCGGCAGGAUGCGAGCUCUCCAGGACCUAUGCAACCGCUCACAGCAUCGCAGGCUAUCCUCGCUACAGCAGAACGGUCCCAAAGACAGCGGUGACGGCGGCAAAGCCGGCCCCAUCGCUUCUCGACGGGAAUCGUUGCAUGGCGUUCCCGCGCACCGUCCAACAUCCUGCGGUGAUCAUCAAG